AAGAGAAAAGAUGCACAAUAUUAUGUUACCAUGUUGUGAUAAAGAAAGAGAAAUUUAGAGUUGAUGGACAGCAACAAAGAAGAUUAAUCAGCAGUGUGAGAGAAAACUGAACUGCAGAGAAGAAAACCAGACUGAUCAGGAACAAGAACAUAACAAACAUGAGCUGACAGUCAUUCCACUAACAUGGAUAAGUAUGAAACGGUGAAGAAAAUUGGGCAAGGUGCAUUUGGAACAACCAUCCUUGUCAAAUCCAAAGAGGAUGGACACCAAUAUGUCAUUAAGGAGAUACAUGGCAUAUCUAGAAUAUUUACUGAAGAGAAGCAGAAAGCUCAACAAGAAGUUGAAGUCCUUUCCAACCUGAGUCAUCCCAACAUUGUCCAGUAUAAGAAAUCUUUUGAAGACAAAGGCUGUCUGUAUAUUGUGAUGGACUACUGUGAAGGUGGAGACCUCUCCAUGAAGAUCAAAUCUCAGGAAGGAAAACUUUUGUCAGAAGAACAAAUCCUGGACUGGUUUGUGCAGAUUUGUUUGGCACUAAAACACAUCCAUGAUAGAAACAUCAUCCACAGGGACAUUAAACCACAGAACAUAUUUUUGACUAAAGAUGGGACUGUACAGCUUGGGGAGUUUGGAAUUGCAAGAGUGCUGAACAGCACUGGAGAACUGGCAACAACAUGCAUAGGAACACCACUUUAUCUAUCACCAGAGAUCUGUGAGAACAAACCAUACGACAACAAAAGUGAUAUUUGGGCCGUAGGUUGUGUCCUGUAUGAAAUGUGCUCUCUAAAGCCUGCAUUUAAGGGUGGUAAUAUGGUGGAACAAUGUCUGAAGGUCAGCAGUGGUUCAUACUCUCCAGUGUCUGAUCACUACUCCCAAGAACUGCGCUCUCUCUUGGCUCAGCUGUUGAAACGUGACCCUGAAGAGAGACCCUCAGUCAGCAGCAUACUGUACAGACCUUUCCUCUGCUGCAGGAUACAGAAGUUCCUCACACCACAGAUCAUUGCUCAGGAAUUUGACCCUGAAGAGAGAAAGAUUCUGGGGUCAGCAGCUCUCCUUAAACUGACAGCUGCGGCCAACACGCUGAUGGUUCUGAAGAGGCGUCCUGUGUAUCUGCACUCGAUUGCUCAGCCUGCCUCAACUACCCGGAUGUUUGUCACAGAAAAUUGA